AUGCCGUUCUUCUCAAAGGUGUUCAAGAGCAGGGAAGGUCAAGCCAAGAAAAAUGUCGCCCCCGUCGCAAACGGAGAUAGUCACAAGAAGCCUCAAUGGUCGGAUGCUUGGGUGCGCACGAGGGUCGACCCAGAGGAGGUCGCGGAGCUGUUGCAUCUGUGUACCGCCGAGUUAAAGUCAAGAGCGCUGGAUGUCCCCUUCCUCCUCUUACCGUUUCGACCGUCAUCGGAUCCUUCUGCUGCCAGAACAUAUGUGCGCAACUUCUUCCUCCCGCCUCACGACCGCGAGCCUUUGCGCGGCUCAUCAUUGGAGAAUGAGCUCCGCAUGACCGAAGUCAUGGUCAUUAUCAGCGUGAUGAAAUGGUGUUGGGCCCGCUUACCCGGCGGUGUGGUGACCUGGGAGGUCUACGAGGGUUUUAGAGUGGGAGAGAAAGACUCCGGAUUUGCGCGCGACGCUUUCAGUACUUUUGUGCCCAUCGGCGUAGACUCACCUGCUCGGCUUCAGAUCAUCAAAGACUUUUUCGACUUGCUUGCCGCGGUCGCUGCACACGGCAAGGCUAAUGGACUCGGAGGGCACAAACUCUCUAGAUAUGCUGGGUGGUGGGCAUUCGAACACUAUGACGCCGGAAAAGGCUUCGAAUCUGGAUAUCAGUCCUGGUCAAGCGCCGCUGACGCGACAUCUCACCUCUUCUUCGCCUACCUGCGAUCCAUGUCUCCCGGCGCUGGGAAAUCAAGUGGAAUCCUAACCCUACCUAGGUCGCUCCAGCAGCUUGUCGACUCGGUCACAUACCCCCCUAAGAAUGCGCUUCUUUCCAACGAUACCACCAGGGUUGUUAUGAUUGUCGAUGUGGUCUCCCCGACUCCAUAUGCUCUGUUACGACGGGCCAAAAACUUCGAGUACAGAGAUGACGAUCAAGGUCUUCAACAGUUUGCAAGCUACGAUGAUCCGAUUCAAGCUCUCACAGACGAAUGCCGUCGUGUGCUGAAGGCCAUAUCAUCUGCCAACCAGUCCCAGGUCUCAAACGCGAAAACAUCCACAAGUUUGACGGACCCGUCGUGGUCGCGCUUCGAGGACGUUGGGUUCGGCAGCUCUCUUGAUGAUGACGAGGACGACGAUGAUGGUUUGCUGGGCCGCAGGCUUGUGUCGACGAAGCCAUUGGCCUCCACGACUAGACGACGAGGCUAUCAAGAUUUAGCUCGACCAACCACUCCCUCCUGGGCAGAUUUCUUGUCGUCUGGGUUUGCAGACGAGCACGGCAAUAAGGCUCCGGCACCUAUCCUGCUUCCACCUGACAAGAUACUACCUCCCAUCAACACGGAUGCGCCUAGAGGCCAAAGCUCGCAGUCGCACCGGAGACACCUUGACAUGCAGCAAAAUCUCGACCCCGGCGAAUUGGCAAGCAUUACAAAGGUCAAUGUGGAUGAUUCUUUCUGGUGGGUCUGGAUCAGUAGUCUUGCUCCAGAAGAACCGACUUCAAGAAAAGCCGUGUUUGGCCGAUGCGCCUUGAUUGAGACCAAGUUCCAUUUUGACAAUUGGAUGGUCAUGGAGGAGCAAGUGAAAGGGGCCGCACCGGAGCCGGCCGCUGGAGCAUAUAUCGCGGAGAAAAAGAAGACAUUUCUCGGAUUCACGACAAAGCGUGGGCGGAUAACGCGCCGAGGCUCCGGCUCCAAGAAGAGCCCUCUGUCUCCAGAUCCCCAAAUCGCGACGAACAACCGAGCUACCUUGGCUCCAGAUCAACAUGCAAAGAUCCAACAAGCUGCCGCCGAGCUUACUAGAAGGAAGCAAAUCGAGGAGAGGGAAGAGAAAGCUGCUCUGGCGACCCGCCGUGGACGUACUCAAGAACCAAUAUUGGCAUCGAAGACCAACAGCAUAUUCACCAUUGGUCCGCUAAUCAAGGACGAGGCUUCGCCGGCACUACAAUGGGCCAGCCAGUACGACAAGAAGGCGAUCCGGGCUAAGUAUCUGGGCGACUCGCUUGCCGGUAAGGGCUCUCGUGAAAUGUUGACGCUGCCCAACAACAGCCUAGGGAUCAGCAGGUCGACUUCGACUCUCUCAGUGGUCAGCAAGAACAAGGAUCUGCCAGCGCCGCCUGUGGUGAACUCGUCGCGUCCAGCGCUCGUCGAGAGGUCGCAAUCAGCAGAGCAGAGUACAACAGCGCCGCCACCGGUAACCGUGGAUUCUGCGCCAAUUCCUGUCGAACCUGCGCCGUAUCCUGUUGAACCUGCGCCAUAUCCCGUUGAACCUGCGCCAAUUCCUGUUGAACCAACGGUUCUGGUCGAGACCAGGGCUGCGCUAGAGGCGGCAGAAGUACCAUUGCCACCAGCAACGCCAGAAAUCGUACAGGCUCCCUCUGCUAGACCGCAGCCGCACAAACUGCGCAAGUCGUUCGAGCAGCAGCAGCGUCGAUCUCCACCACAGCAGAGGAAGCCAAGGGUCAAGACUCCAACUGGACCACCUCCUGUACACAAGUCCAGUGGGAUCCGACGGCUAUUCGGCACCAAACGUUCUAAAUCGCGGGACUCGAGGCCCUCAGACCCUCCUUUGUCACCCUCUCAAACCAGUGAAGACGCUGCUGUCAUCGCUGCCAGACGGGCUCUGGAGGGCCAGCCCCCUCUUCCUGCGGAAGGGCCUACCUCGCCUCCGUUGAGUCCCGGACAUUUCCAUCGCCUUGCAACGGUUAAGAACCAACCAGCAGCAGUGGCGGAGGAGGAACCUGAGCCAGUCCCUCCCAUGGCGACGCCAAUGCAGAGGGAUUUCACUCCCGAACUCCCUGCCGAGCACGAAGAGUACGAGAAUCAACCAUUUGCACCACCUCGGACCCGUCGCGACGAAGAGUAUGACCAACUCUCCCGAGUGGACACGAAUGAGCGUGAGCACGCCGACCGGGAAUUCUCGACAUUUGAUCAGGGACCUCUGAUGGAUCAGCCGGCCUUUGCCCCAGUUGAUACACCUCCGAGGGAAGAGUUCUUGACCCCAGCCGAAGAGCCUCGACAUGGCCCUAUCAGCUUGCAUUCUGGUCCAUCUUUCCAGCAGACAGAAAGUUCCAUGGAUGACGAGGACGAACCGGUCCUGACCCAACAGGUCAGUCCCAAUGACCGAUGGGCGCAAAUCCGACGAAAUGCCGCCGAGCGGGCGGCAAGGCAGUCGGAGGAGCAGACUUCCCGGAGUCGGACUGAGACACGAACUGAUGAUGGUGAGACCAGUGGAGAAGAGACAAUUGAAUCACGAGUUGCACGAAUAAAGGCACGCGUGGCCGAGCUCACCGGCAAUAUGGAUGCAACGCGACGAUAG